CAGCAUUUCACCUCUGCACAGAUCAGCAGCAGCAGCGGAGGCAUGCAGGGCUGGAGAGCAAAAGCAAGCAAUACCCCUGCAACGAGCAAUACCCCGGCUCUGUAAACGCGAAGGACAGUUGGAUACUGAGCACACGAGGAAUCCGGGAAUCAUUUAUCCCUUUUUUUCGGAUAUCUUUUUAUUUUAUUAUUAAUUUCUCAGAGGAAAGCUUUUGUGUUGCCAGGGAGGAGAAAGUCCGGGCAGCCAUGAGAGCUCAUCAUCUGUCUGUCAGAUUCCUUUUCCAACUCCUCUGAACAUAUCCGUCUCUCAGCAAACCGAAGAUGUCAGCCUGCGGCGACUUUGCAGAACACGUGUGGAAACCUGGCUCUUGUAAGAACUGCUUCCACCCGCUCAGUGCACAUAAGACUGGCCACGCCUCAGAUGACAACGUCUCGUCUGGGUGUUUGAAGAUCAGCCUGGGAGGUGAUGAGGAGGGGGGAGUAACUGCACCUUCACCCUACAGCAAGCCAACCAUUGCUGUAAAACCCACCAUGAUGAGCUUUGACACAAGUGAGACAAAAGAUGUGAACAUGAACAUAGAACAGGACAACCAAAAGAGUCCAACUGAACGAAUGGGUCUGAAGAAACUCCUAAACAUGCCAUUGCUCUAUAUUGAUGAUAAUAAUGGUUGCAUCAAGGCCCAUAAAGAGGUUCUUCAAAGCCCUGAUGCCAAGAUUAACUACAACAGCUGCCUCUCCUUGUCCCCCAGCAUUGUGCCCAAAGACUCUUUCUUAAUCAGUAAUGUUUUUGUCAGCCAGGAGGAGGGAAGGGGUUCAAAGAGUUUCAAGAAAAAUGCCAAUGGGGACUCAUGCUGGCAGCAGAAUAAUACGGCUGCUAUUGCACCAAAAAGCACUUACAAUGGAAGAGGAAAUUUGAUUGAGUCCCAUGAAUCAACAGUGGAGAUUCCUUUAUCGAUGGAUCCUGUUCCUUCUGAACAUACAGUUCCUUGCAACCAUGUAUGCAGUAGUAGCAUUAUCACGAAAACAUCCAGUACUUCCACUGCCUACACCACAGCAUCAAGUAUGGAUACUACAAACCAAACUAGUCAAACUUCCCUCAGUCCUAUUCCUGCCCUGUCUAAAGACAACAGCUUUUCGGAUUCACCUUCUUCCUGUCACAGCAGUACGGAUUCCCUCCCUGGACCUAAUGGAUCAGUAGAAAAACAAAAUGAGUUAGUGAGUCCAUCAAGCACGGUUAGUCCAGAAUCAACUCCAAACUCUCCCAGUGUUCAAAAAGACUCUGAGCCAAUAUAUGCUGAAAGCACCAAGAGAAAAUCUAGACCACCAGGAAAUGGACCACCGUCAAGCCCAGAGUCCCAAAACCAGAUUAAGCAAUCCAAGGUUUCCGAGUCUGAGGGCUCUGGAGAGAGUAAGCGAGCCACCAUCACUGUAAUGGCUGCUCACACAGAGGAGAACAACAGAACUUUCUUUCUGAGCAGCCCAGAUUCAGGAGUUGGCACCCAGUGCCACUUCAGCCCAACAUCACGCAAAGACCCCAGCAGCCCAGCUUUCCGUUGGCCCAGUCCAAGCCACAGUGCAGCUUCUCAAGGAAGAGAAGCUUCAUUGUCCCCAAACCUGCAUCCAAAGCCCCAAUCUAGUCCCCCCAUUCCUCCAAAGAGAAGCUCUCGCUCCCCAAAAUUAGGAACCUCUAGUCUGUCACCAUCUAUGUCUUCUCCAGUCCUCCUUCCUGAAUUUCCCAAACUUGGCACAUCUAGUCUUACAACAUCCAUGUCCUCUCCUAUCCCUCUACCAGAACUCCCCAUGCUUUUCCUUGUCUCUGCAAGAGAGGGACACUUCAAGGGCCCUACGGACAACCAGAGUGCAACAUCUGAACGCUUGCAUAAGUCCAGCCACCACAGUUCUGGUUGGAAUUGUCGCAUUGAGGAAGAAGAAGAGGUGGAAGAGAGGAAAGGGGUGGAGAAGAAAAAGUUAUUCGCCGCCAAUUCAGGAACAACCUCCCAGGAGUCGGGGCUCAUCAAUGGUGCUGCUGUCUGGAAAGAGGCCAGUGACUGUAAGACCCACAGCAGCCCCCCUCCGAUGACAGAGCCAGGCACGGCCCCCCCUGCUACCACCAACAAUGAUGCCUGUCAGGGGGAAACCGAGGGCACCAGCGCAGAGACAGAGGGCAAGCAUAGCGACAGCAUGCCGACCAAGCAACCGUUGCAUGGAGGCUCAUCAGAGUUACUGGCAGGAGGAAAGGGAGCUCCCAACCAUGACCCCAACCCACCACCUCCCCCACCUAAAAAACUGCACAGGGUGAGUGGUAAGAUGAGUGGCAGUACCAUGGAGCUGAAUAGCAGCAGCCAGCGUGGGCCCAGCGAGAGCUCUGUCUCUUCUGUGCGGAGCCUGGGCAACAUUAGUCUGCCAGCUGCAUCCACUGACAACCUGACAGCUGAUACUGGGUCUCGGGAUUCUGCACGGAUGUCUUGUUCUUCACCGUUUCCCAGAACCUCUGUGGCAUCAGCUCCUGGUUCACCUCACUCUUCGUCUUUCAGCAGCUUGAAUCACCAGCCACCUCCUCUUCCGGAGAAGAAAAUGGUCAACCGCACCGUGUCUGCUCCAGAUAGCGCCAAUGGCAAACCCUUUGUCAGGGCUUACCCACGCCUCCCGUUUGCCGGCUCUGAGAGCAACGUAUGCCGCUCUGCUGAUGCCAGCUCCCGCACCAGCCUGCCAUCAAGCCCAGUUGACGCCCGGCCCGUUUUCUCUUCAAACGAGUCCUUGGACCGCUGUCACCUCCCUCUGGCACGGCCCUCAAAGUCCAGAACCCUGGAUGAGCAGCAAAAGGCUCAGGGACGCUUAGGAGUGCACUGCCGGACCAGCAUCACCUGCUUGUCCUCGCCCCAGCUUAGCGCCCCCUUCUCGGCCGCAGAGGCAGGCUCAGCACCGAACCUCGGUUCCAGCUUGCAGCUCCAGAAUCUCCUGAGUAAUAUCGACAGCAGGGAGGGGGUGUACUCUAAACUGGGUGGCCUGUAUGCAGAGUCGCUGCGACGCUUGGCCCUUAAAUGUGAGGAUCACUUUACUCGCUCCCAGAAGAAUCCACUCAGGUUUGACGAGAGCAACUGGUCAUUGUUCAGACUUACUUCUAACAAGCCGAGCUGCAAUGCAGGAGAUGCUGUUUACUACUCUGCUGCCUGUGCCUUGGACCCCAGAAACUCCUACGCUGUAAAGAUCUGUAAGAGUUCAUCCAUUGAGAGCAAACAGGGUCAUCUCUACGGUCUGACUGUGCAGCAGAUCAUCCCUACUCAUUUUAACAUUCAGCAGGAUUGUGGUCACUUCUUGGCAUGUGUUCCUCAGAGCAUGCUUCCCUCGGAUGAGGUGUCUCUGCGAGCUGCGCCGACUCCUGUAUCACCACAGUGUGCAGCAUCUGCUCAGGCUCAGCAGGCGGAGCAAGAGAGAGUGGUGGUCAUCACUCCUGAGAUCCCCCAUCAGACUGCUGCUGACUUUGUACGGGAGUGGGAGAUGUUUCAUAAAACUCAGCCUGAAGUCUACGAGCGCCGUGUUUGCUUCCUGCUCUUGCAACUAUGCAAUGGCCUGGAGCACCUGAAGGAGCAUGGGGUCACACACCGUGAUCUUUGUUUAGAAAACCUGCUUUUAGUCCCUCGCCAGAACAGGGCCUCCCUCCUUGGUCAGAGCGGUGCUGACAGCGGUUCCUCCAAUGCGGCACCUGCAGGAGAUGUUCAACGCCACCUUCCGCGUCUCCUCAUCAGCAACUUCGCAAAAGCCAAACGUCGAUCAUCAGAGGAUGCGGCUUCAACGAAUGGGGACCCUCGCAUUAAGCGUGACCACGCCAGAUUGGCCCCCGAGAUCGUCUCUGCCGCUCAGUAUCGUAAAUUUGAUGAGUUUCAGGCUGGAAUUUUGAUCUACGAGCUCCUUCACCAGCCCAACCCGUUUGAGGUGAGUCCAGCGCUGAGAGAACAGGACUACCGCUGUGAGGACUUGCCUCCUGUGCCCCCUGUCUCCAUUUACUCCUCAGGCCUUCAGAGGCUAGCACAGCUCCUCUUACAACCAGACCCCAUCAAACGCAUCCACAUCCAGGAGGCUAAACGGAUACUUCAGAGCCUGCUCUGGGGCCCCAGGAGAGACCUGAUGGAACAGCAGUGGGAGCGGCACAGGCGAGGCGGGAUGUUCGUUGAUGGGUCACGAAACGAGGGCCUCCUCAACUGGCUGGACGUUAAAAGGGCCCUGCUGAUGAUGAAGUUCGCCGAGCGCUCGCUGGAGCCAGAGAGAAACGCAGAGCUGGAGGACUGGCUGUGCUGUCAGUACUUUUCCACGGCUCACCCUCUGUCUCUCUGCCAUACGGCUGAACUGCUCUACUCCCUGAAGUGACAGCUCACAUGUGUGACCGGAGCUGAAAUCAUGUGUGAACUUGUAAACGUGUGAAUGAGAACAUUAAUGUCCAGACACUACGGACAGAACUGUGAACCUGCUAAUGUUACUGCUGCGUGCAUGGAAGCCAUAAAUCACCAACAUCCACCAACGAUGGUCUCAUUAGGGUCUGAAAAAAAUGACCCUGAGGAAGUAAGAGAUGCACCAAUUUCCAAGUUGGUUUUAUUUUUAUGGCUUUCUUCUGCUAAAAGUGAACAGCAAUAAAAAAUGGAUCCCAUCUUGAGAGGUUAAUUCUUUAUAUUGAGGAGAAGAAAAAAGUGUGUGUGGGUUAUAAAAAAAAAAAGACAAGAUGGUAAAUUUUUAUGGCUAGUGUAACAGACAGCAGUUUCCAUGGUUACUUGUUUAAAGUGAAGAUCCUGGACUGAAUUUUGAGAUGUCAAACAGUCUGCUAACAUUUACAGACUGUUUCCUACAGCAGACAGAUGGAUAAAACAACUUUUUGGUACCUGAAUUAGCCUUCCUGUUAUUAGCUCUCUAAUCUAAGACUUACUCCCAAUGUAACUUCUUCCAACCUGAAGAGUGUUAAUAUCACUUUGCAUUUAACCCAUCCCCUUGGGGAGCAGUAGGCUGCCAUCGUGGGGCGGCCGGGGAGCAAUCAGGGGUUAGAGCCAGAGUGGCAGUCUGUGGGAGCUCUAUAGCCUAACCAGUGGGGCCGUCAAUCCCCAGUGUUGACAUCAACAUUGUAGCUCUUGGUCUGGUUCAGGUCUGGGCCGAUCAAGCUGUUAAUCGUCAGUCAUCAGCCAAUGUCUCUGUGCAUCUCUAUUAGAAAGAGUGGUUAUAAUAACAAAAUGCGGUUACCAAAGCUUCUUAUUUGAUACUCUUUGUAUUUAUUUAAUAGAUGUGGAGACAGUUUAUGCACUGUGAAAGCGUGACUUAUAACUCGACUUUGUUGUCCGCUCAUAACUUUUCUACAUUUACAUCUAAUUUCUUCUCAAAAUAGGACUUGACAAUUCUCAGUUGGACCUCUGGCACCUUCUCUUCCAUGUUCUAAGUCGUAAGCACUUAGUGCUAGACUGUGAAAACAACCUACUGCAGAGAAAGUCCUUUCUGGUGUGAUUAACUUGCCACAAUGAUCAACAAACCCCUGCCAAUAUACUGAUUGUCAACUUUUCCCAGGCUCUGAUGACUUUCGUCACCUUUGAACAUUCUUACAUUUGUUCCAGUGCCUUUCAUUCUUUGCAUGUUACAGUGAUUUGAAACAAAAUGUAAAUAUCUUUCUGAUAAUUUCUGCCUUGUGAAACUGGCCUUUCACAGAAUGUUCCGGUAACAACUUUGUACAGAUAUUUGUAAAUGAUUUUCAAAAGCAAAUGUGAGCCCAAGCAGGUCUUAGAAAGCCAUGAAUAUGAGCUGCAGUUAUUAUUUAUAAUGAAUUUUGUUUUCUUAUUGAAGUCACUGGAAAUUUGUCUUUGUUCACUGUCUUUUAUAUAUGCAUAUUUUUUCUUCUGUGAUUUAAGUUUUCCUUUUUUUACCCCAACACAAAUGCAAAAUAAACUGUGUGGUAUAUGUACUGCAUGCAGGUUUAUGACCAUGACAAAUUCAGAUUUAUUUCUUUUUCUGAGAAAACAUCCUUUGAACUAAUCCAUAAGGGAUUUGGGAUUUUGAGUGCAAAAUUUAUUUGAUUUUUGCUUCUCUCCUACUUGUGUCGCUCAAUAAACUGUGCAUAUAUUUUCUCACA